AUGGCUUCCAGAGAUCUCCCAAAAUCAUUCAACGACCUAGCUUUCGGCUGGAAGCGUAACUUCGACAAGGAAGUUACUAUCUUCAAGAAGCAAAGUCAACUCAUUGAAGAAGAUUACCAACCGGACCAGCAAGAGAAGGCUCGUAAGGUUCAAAUGAAGAACUUAUGGCCCGCAUUCAUUGCUGGUGCAGGUUUAUUCUCUGAUGGUUACAUCAAUAACUCUAUUGGUACCGUGUCAACUUGUUUGGGUAUUCUUUAUCCAAAAGCUUACAAGCAAAGUAAUGCCAUUUCUAAUGUUUCAUCGAUUGCCUUUGCUGGUACAGUUUUGGGGCAAUUAGUCUUCGGAUACAUUUCUGACAGAGUCGCAAGAAAGGGUGGUAUGAUGUCUGCAACCAUCAUGAUGAUUUUCUUCACUAUUCUUACUGCUGCUGCUACCUGGGGUGCUCAUGGAAGUCCCCAAGGUUUGUUUUCUGCUUUGGUUACAUUCAGAUUUUUCUUGGGUAUCAGUAUCGGUGCUGAGUACCCAACUGCUUCUGUUAUCGCUUCAGAGUUUGCUAACCAAUUACCAGCUGGUCACAGAAACCGUUACUUCGCUUGGUUUACUAACUCCAUGAUCGAUCUUGGUUUUAUCAUUAGUGCAUUCGUUCCAUUAGUUUUACUUUGGAUUUUCAGCGAACGUCAUUUGACCGCAGUUUGGAGAUUAACACUCGCAUUGGGUGCCAUUCCUCCUAUUUCUCUUUUCUUCAUGAGAAUGAAGAUGGGUGACUCUACCUCGUUCAACAAGUCCCACAUGAAAAACGUUAAGAAAUUUCCAUUAUGGUUAGUCGUGAAAUUUUACUGGUUCAGAUUAACUAUCAUUUCAUUGAUUUGGUUCAUUUAUGAUUUCUCAGCUUACUCUUUCGGUAUCUACUCCAGUUACAUCAUUUCUCAAGUUAUUCCAGAUGGUGAUCUUUAUAAGACUUUCGGGUGGAAUGUUGUUUUCAACGUUUUCUAUAUUCCAGGUACAUUUUUGGGUGCCAUUGCUGCUGAUUACUUUGGUCCACGUUUCACUCUUGCUGCUGGUGUUACCAUUCAAGCUGUUGUUGGUUUCAUUAUGGCUGCCCUUUACCCAACCUUGAAGCACCAUAUUGGUGCCUUCGUUGUUGUUUACGGUAUUUUCACUACUUUGGGUGAAUUUGGACCAGGUAACAACAUUGGUUUGUUAGCUUCUAAGACUAGUGCCACUGCUAUCAGAGGUCAAUACUAUGGUAUUGCUGCUGCUGUUGGUAAGAUCGGUGCUUUUGUUGGUACCUGGGUCUUCCCAGUUAUCAUCAAGAACACUUCAAAGGCAGGAACUGACAGAGGUAACCAAAUGCCAUUUUACAUCUCUUCCGCAUUGUGUGUCUUCUCCGGAAUUUUAGCUCUUUUCUUCUGCCCAUCUGUUGGCCAAGAUGCCAUCAACAAAGAAGAUGAAGACUUCAUUGUUUACUUGGAAAGCAAUGGAUUCGAUAUUUCGCAAAUGGGUGAA